AUGUCUUCUUCCACAACGAUAAAGCAGGGGGAAUACACCACAUAUAAUAUUCGAUACUUGCGUAUAUCGGAAAAGAAAGUUCUACCAUUGAUACUCUACAUCAAACCAGAGAACACAGAAUGGUUUAACGAAGUUUUAUUUCAG